UGAGAGAGAGAAAGAACGAAAAGGUCAGAGUCACAGAGAGAGAGAGAGAGAGAGAGAGAGACCGUAGAUAUCGAAGCUUUUUAUUAUUUUCUCCAUCAGAAAGCAAAUUUGCGGAGAGGAGGCUAGCGAUUCAAAGAGCGAGAGGAUCAAGUCAAGACUCGGAGAGGGAGAGAGAGAGAGAGAGAGAAGCAGUAUCGAAUCUUCUUAUUCAUUCCGAAUUUCUGAAACCUCUAAUAAAGGUUUCCCAUCGAUUGAAGAAAGAAUAUUUCCAUCUGCAUUUCUUGAUCUCAUCAGGUUUUUGACGAAUUCAUUCCAUACGUCUCCUGACUCCUUCCUUAUUGUCUAUUCUUCUCUCUCUCUUUCUUUGAGGCAAUCUUGAGAUUUUCCUUUUAAGGAUCUCGUGGGCGAAGCCCUUCUAGGUUUUAAAUUAAAGUCGUUGACGAAGAAGUUUCGUCUCAUUUGUUUUCAUGGAUUAGUAUCUGAUCAUCGUUUGGCUUCCUGCCGAUCAUACUCACUAGAAGAAAAAAAGGGGGAAAUCCGUUGGUUUUUUUUUUUAACCUAGUUAGAAUACGGCCAUUCUUCUAAUUCUAAUCUUGAAGACUUUAAUCGACGAUCGAGGUGAGGGUUUGUGUUCCGAAGGGAUGGAGACUUCCGGGAGCAGUUCAGACCUUUACAGGAAUUCUUCGAGCAGCAGUAGUAAUUCGAGAAGAUAUGGAAUGCAGUUCUCUGCUUCGAAUUUCAUCCAGGCACCUCUGACGGCUUUGUUGGAAUAUUCUGGUAUUUUUCGUACUCGGUCAAAUCAUCAGGAAACAGAGGGCUUAAUCAAUGGAGGUGUUAAUUCUGGUUUCAGAGACCGGUUGGAUGAUCCUGCUACAGGCGGCAGCGGCGGGGAGGUUUCCAUUAGGAUAAUCGCUGCCGGAGAACAAGAGCAUGUUCGGUUGGGAAACAGCCUCCCAACUUCGUCAGCAGUUGGGAGAGAGGGAAAUUCUUGUGACACCGGUGUGUCUGCUGACCAGAUGGUCUCACCCGUAGCAGCUGCAUCAGAUCGUCAGGGAGAUGCUGCCAUGGAAGAUGGGGCUGCGGAGGGCCUUUCUUCGUCCACUUCGGCUGUCAAUUCGGGUAAUGGGGGCUCUGAUGGUGAGGCAGGGAGUGUUGUGGGAGGUAACAACAGGGACACUUCUUACCAGAGAUACGAUAUUCAGCGGGUUGCAAGGUGGAUUGAACAGAUUCUUCCCUUCUCUUUGCUUCUGUUGGUUGUAUUUAUUCGGCAGCAUUUGCAAGGUUUCUUUGUCACAAUCUGGAUUGCUGCUGUAAUGUAUAAGUCCAACGACAUUCUAAGAAAGCAGACAGCACUAAAGGGAGAGCGAAAAAUUUCUGUCCUUAUUGGCAUCACUAUCAUUUUCAUGCUUCACGUGGCUGGUGUUUACUGGUGGUAUCGAAAUGAUGAUCUUCUGUACCCAUUGGUCAUGCUUCCUCCAAAAGCAAUACCACCUUUCUGGCACGCUAUAUUUAUAAUAAUGGUGAACGAUACAAUGGUGCGGCAGGCAGCUAUGGUUUUGAAGUGUAUUCUACUGAUGUAUUACAAAAACAAUAGAGGCCGAAAUUAUCGUAAGCAGGGUCAAAUGCUAACUCUAGUUGAGUAUCUUCUGCUGCUCUAUCGUGCUUUGUUACCAACGCCUGUCUGGUAUCGGUUUUUCUUGAACAAGGAAUAUGGCAGCCUUUUUUCAUCACUAACUACAGGGUUGUACCUAACUUUUAAGCUUACAUCAGUUGUUGAGAAGGUCCAAUCAUUCUUUGCUGCUCUCAAGGCAUUGUCUCGUAAAGAGGUCCAUUAUGGUUCUUAUGCUACAUCAGAACAGGUAAAUGCAGCUGGUGAUCUGUGUGCUAUUUGCCAGGAGAAGAUGCAUGCUCCAAUCUUGCUUCGCUGUAAACAUUUAUUUUGUGAAGACUGUGUGUCAGAGUGGUUUGAGAGAGAACGAACAUGCCCACUGUGUAGGGCAUUGGUUAAACCAGCAGACCUCAGAUCGUUUGGCGAUGGAUCUACCAGCCUUUUCUACCAAUUGUUCUAAGAUAUAUAAAAAUAUAUACCUUCUUCUGAUAGCCUGUUGAAUCUUGUUUUUGCUCAAUUUUCUUGUCCAGAGCAGGUUCUGAAUGUAAUUUAUUCUGUUGCCAUUUUCUUGGGCUGCCGUGAGAGGUUUGCCAUUUGGAAGGUGUCUCUGAAGCUGAAGAGCAACUUGUUUUCAUGUUCAUAUGUUGUAAUCAUGAGGGUUUAUGUUACAUGGACAGGAUCGUCUUGGCCAUAUAUUAUAUAUACGUUUUAGGUGGUAAUGAGAAUCAUCUUCAAUGUA